CCCAUCAGUGCCACCUGUCAGUGUCCAUCAAUGCCACCUGCCAGUGCCCAUCAGUGACACAUAUCAGUACCUACCAGUGCACAUCAAUGCCACAUAUCAGUGCCCAUCUGAGCUGCCUUUCAGUGCCACCUAUCAGUGCUGCCAGUCAGUGCCACCUAUCAGUGCUGCCAUCAGUGCCGCCUAUCAGUGCCAUAUAUGAGUGCUGCCUUUCAGUUCCCAUCAGUGAUGCCUAAACUAAGAAAAACUUUUUUUUUUUU